GUGAGGUAUCGGACUCUCAUGCAAGAUCUCGAGGAUCGCUUGGACCUUGCAGAACUGGAACUAGAUGACCCGUUCGAGAUUGCAAUUAGUCAGGACGCGAGGAAAGUUGUAACGCCAGGAUUUCAUGAGAAUCACCUUUCAGGGAGGGGCUUACCUAAGAUUUUAGCGAGGGUAAUCUUUUCUCCCGGUGAUGAUUUGCGGUUGAAUAUUGCCGCGGAAGUCCCACUUGGGGACACCGGGAUAAUGACCUCGUCUCAACCAAUUCGGUACAUGAAAAACCUGAUGUUAAUGCUCGUGACCUGGGGGGAAAGAAAGUGGGUAUCCAAGGGGAUGCAUGAAUAUCAGAGAAAAGACGAACAACUGCUCUCUUUGGAAUUCUGCGAUUAUUGUAUGUGCAUAACCUCGGAGGUCAGAGAGUUCAGUGAUAGUCCUUCGUUGGAAACUUCUCCUCGGUUUCCUCAGCUUUCCAUUGCCGUUUUAAUUUCCUUAUUCGAGCCUGGGCGGAGUGAUCAGAUUGGUUGUCGGGUGGAGACUCUGGAGAUCUUAACCCAAUUCUCAUCCCAAAUCUUGCGUUCUACCAAUCUGCUGCUGAGAAUUCCGUGGUCGAGCAAAAAACUUCCAGACUACAUUGGAAUGUUGAACUCUUGGCAUCAGGAGGCCACUCAAGUUCAGGGUCCGGGGUCUAGAAGAAGCUUCAGGAACUGCACGAGUCGCCGACUGAGGAAAACACGCUGGGGUAGAUUGCGAGCCAUGGGGCAGCGAAAUCUAACAUGGUUAUGCUUGCAUAACUACUUAGAUAAGCGUUUGCUGAUGUAUGCGGUUGGCGUCUGUUUUCAUUGUUGCAUUCUGAGCCCGUUUAUGAAGACAAAGCCGCAUUAUGACUACAUGUUCGAAGAGGCUCGCUCGCUCCUUGGCCGCGCACCUGACGUCAAGCAAAAAACUCGCCUUGCGUGGGAAUUCGCCAGGGCCAUGAAAUGGUUUGGUGAGGUCAUCUAUAGAGAAAUACCUGAGGAAGACUUUUGUCAAUUCUGGGAAGAUAUGUACAUUCCCUUUCUCCAUUGGUGCCGCCGCAAUCGGAGGAGAGGUCAUCAUCAUCAUGACGGCCAUUCGUGCAGGACUUGGGAUGCAGGUUUCUGGAAACUUACCUAAUUGUGAGGGACAUAUUUUUUUUGUUAGUUUUUGGUGCAAAUGGACAAUAUUGCGUACGUGCGUGCGAUUUCACGACAAAGGAGCAGGAGGGGACAAGAUAUCGCACAGUCAUAGCAAUAUUUGGGUGGACUAAUCCUGAUCCCACGCCUAAAUAGUCAUCCUAUAUAAGUGCAGCCGGACCUCACCGGACUAGAAUUUCGAAGAUACAUCGAUGGAAGAGGCUUUUCGACAUUUGGCACCGGCCACGAACAACAUUGUAGUAUCUCAUGUGAAUCGGGAUUGAAAUCGCUGUCCAAUGUUUCGACCAACACGGCCGGCUUCACUUCCUUCUCUUCCUCUCGCUCACUGUAUCUCACACACGAGCACUCAUUUCCCGCUCUAUUUUGGCUUUUGUCCA